UGCUAAAAGUGACGGAGUUCAACCAUCUAUAUAGUUUAAACAUUAUUGACUUUUAAUGCGUGCUUGGACCUUUUUGCAUGUUUUCAGUUAAUCAUUAGAAAACUGCCGCGUUGUUAUCAGUUUAAAUGUUUAAUCUGUUAAAACAAUCUCAUGCCAUGCACGUGAAAUGCUGCCUAAGAUACAUCGCUUUCAAAGGGCUGUCAUUUGAAGUUGUAAUAUUAAAUCUUGACAUCGUCAAUGGCAAAUGUGCAAUAAUGAAGUUAAGUACUAGAAAUUGAUACUGCAAGUGGAAUUGAGUGUUAUAAUGAACAAGAACGCUUAAAUGUUACUUUAAUGUACUGAUUUUAAACAGGAUAUAACUUUCUAUGGGCUAAUUUCCAAACUUCCUUAUACAUAUAGUGCUGUACUCGAGACCUCUUUUUGGAGCUUCUCACAUGAGCUUCUCGGAAAGACGAAUUGUUCAUCAGAAACCGCUCGUAUUACUUGAGAGGGUCGGUGACCAAAUGAAGUGAGCCAGCUGGGUCGAGCCACUUUCCCCAAAUGACCUUUUUGAACUUGAAAAAAUAGCCACAGGACGGAACAAGGAAUUUCACCAUAUGUAUACCAUCGAAAUUUAGGGGUAAAAUAACCCUGAUCGAACCCAGAAGUUACCAGAGGUUGUAGUCAUAGUGACCACAUGAAGAAUAAGUUAAGUUUCGAGGCAUUUUUUUAGAGAAAGAACAGAACCACAUGUAUUUACGAGGUCAAUUAUUAUGAUGUAUAGGGAGGAAAAUUUUGGUUUCCAGUAAAUACUUGACUAAGAGAAAUUCCAAUUAAAUUCAUCCGCCGUAAUCCCAUCACCAUGAAUGAAAUGGAAUUUGAAUUAGCAACUACGGACAGCGUUGAUGAACAUUAAGCAGGAAUGAUUUCGGCCAGAGCUGCCAAAUUUAGGAGUCAAUACACAAGUGGUCUAGACAUUAAUUGCGUUGGAUGGAUCGAUUGCUAAUUAUCUGAUAUGAUCUGUGUUUUGGAUAGAUCAUUUCGUACGGAGUGGGGAUUCUGAUGAAGAUUUCCCUGGAAAUGUCAGAUAAGACUUUCGCAAAUGCGGGUAAGAGUAAACGGAAAUAAGUCACAGUGGUUUUAUUUCGGACUAUAGUGAUGUUGGACUUUCCGCAACAGUUUCCGUGUUCCAGAUUUUGAAUGAUUAACAUGUUAUCAAUAAUUUACUUAUCAGGCGACUUGGAAACAUUGACUGACAGCGAUUUUGUUUGAUGUUAUCUCGGUCGGUAACAGUUAUACAUGGACAUGUAACUGCAUUGUCGAGUUUUACGGUGCUAAAGUCGUUUUUAGAAAGUUCUAAUUUAUAAAAGCGUGCUCAAGAUAUUAAGGUGCUAUCCUUUUUUAGGUGCUAUUAAAUUUUGCCAAACUAUUGCCGGGAAAUUCUCAGAGGCAUCAAGAUGACUGCCGUCCGAGCUAGUACAUCGACGUCAUUCACGCCACUUCCUAGUUCCAGUACAUCACAUGGUUCCAGGUCCGGUGUUACAGUUGGGCCAAAGAAACGCCUGUGUCUUUCUGAUAGAAUAUUGUUCGCAAAAGCGAGACUAAAUACAGUGUCGCAACGAAAGAAAUUAUUGUUUACGGAAACCCACGAAGACAGAUUGGCGGAAAUUACCGAUCUGAAUGAUGAUGAAAAUCUUAUGGAGGCAGCUAAAGCUGGUAAAGAUUCAAAAAUUAAAACACUGAUUGCACAAGGAUGUUCCACGUCAUACGUUGACGUUAAUGAACGUACGGCGCUUCAUUGGGCCGCCGAAUAUGGCUAUAUGAGGGUCGUCUACACUUUAGUUGACGCGGGAUGGGACGUUAACGUUAAAGACAAUCGGAAUCAGACGCCACUGCACGUCGCUUGCGACCAUCAUAACGGAAACGUCGCCGCGUGUAUGAUCUCACACGGUUGCAAAAUAAGAACGUCUGACAUUAACGGCCUGACGCCACUUCAUCGUGCAAUACACACAAACUUGGAAACUAUAUCAUGUAUGUUGUGCAAUUUAGGCGCUGACGUGAACGCGCGUAGUAAAACUGGAUGGACGCCUAUUCACGAGGCGACACGCGUUGGAAACGAGUACGUCGUGCGUAAAUUACUCAAAGACGGUGCUAAUGUAAACGCCAUUGCCGAAGGAAAGGCCACGCCGUUUUUAACGGCCGUCUUUCACUUUCGCAUAUCUCAUCGCUCAUCGUACACGUGCUUGGAACCUAUUCUCAGCACGCUAAUAGACCACGGCUGCCAGCUCAGCUAUUCAGACGGCCAGUGGUCUCCGCUCAUGGCCGCCAUUUCUGUCUAUAACAGCCGCAUAGCAGGCAAACUCAUCUACCAUGGAUGUCUACUUACGGAAUCUCAGGGCUAUGGCCGCAGUGUUCUCGUAGACGCGUUCACUAAAUGUGACCACUAUGUGGUGAAAAUGCUCAUAUUCGCUGGCUACAGAGUAACGCCGGAAGAGGUGGAACAGUGUUCUAAAAGAAUCCCGACGUUUUCCUUGUCGUUUUUGAAACUUGCAUUUCCAGGUUAUGACAGAAACGGUCGACAGGAAAUUGAAAUUUUGAAAUUCCUCCGCACACGUGCAGAGCAACCUUUCACGCUUCAAGAACUUUGCCGGAAGUCAAUUCGGAUUGGUCUAAAUAAGGCGUCCCGUGAUUCGUCCAUUUUAGGACGAAUACCAUUGCUUCCCUUGCCCAGGACCGUCAAAGAUUUUGUGUCCUUGCGCGAACAUGCCAGUCGUUUCGUGUAGUAUUCUGAAAACCCAAGACUUGCGAUAGCACUUCAGUCUGACAUUCGUUAACUGUUUAAAUACCUUUCAAAUUGCAUAAACAAAUAACUAUUGCGGCAUUGAGGUUAACCACACACAGUCUAUGGUUGUAGAUUGUUAGAUGUACCUGGGUAAUAACAUUUAUAUUUUUUUAAUCAUAUAAGAACCCAAAACUGGUUUCAAGUUUUAAACAGUUGCUGAUUCUCAGCAUACAAAUUUGGCAUUUAGUAUGCGAGUGGUGUAUUUAUUAGAGGCGUCAUAAGAUUUAAGUAGAUGAUAUAGGGUCAGAUAAAAGAAUAAUUUUAUGCUUGUUUUCAGUUCUUGCUCAACAAUUUUAUUUAGAUAUUUUGCGGUGCUGUUGUUGUCCAAUGAAAACAAUGAUAAUAUAUGAUCAUAGAAUAGUACACAAUACCCAACCAUGAGCAUUUAGUUUGUGAGGGCUUAGGUGCACAUUGAUAUUGUUAAAGCUGCACUCUCACAGAUUGAACGUUUUGACAACUUUUUCAUUUUUUGUUUUGGAACGAGCUAAUUUUUGCGAAAAUACAUGUCAAUCAGUUAUAUAAGGCUGCUGACAAAACAUUAGAUCGCAUUUUUUUUAAUUAAGUUGAAAAAAUGAUGUUUUAUGCAUUUUUCUUAAACCGUCAUAAAACAUUAAUUUUCGAACGGAAAUAUGAUUUUUUGUCAGUAGUCCUAUAUUAUUGGUUUGCAGAUAUUUACGCAAAAAAAUGCUCUUUCCUAGACAAAAAAUAAAAAAGUUGUAAAAAUGGUUAAUCUGUGAGAGUGCAGCUUUAACAAAUUGAAUGCUUAUUCCAGCAAAAAACAACAAUUCAAAGCUGUACGAAAGUUUGAAAUUGGAAGCUCUCUAUACUGAUUUCAGGAUUAUCUGAACUUUAUCAUUCAUGAAUUAACAAGUCACUGUAAUGCUGUUAGAAUCUUGGAAAGCACUAACUUAAAUAACUUACUAAUAAGUAUUAUAUAUACAAUAUGUAGUAAUAUACCAUGUACGCAUCAAUUUUGUGUAUUGUAAUUUUGUGUCUCUGAAAAAUUAUGAAAAAUAUUUAAUAUGUAUCUGCAUGUUUUAAUGCAAUGAAUUUUGUCAUUUCAUAAUUGUAUAUGUAAGUCAUACAUGUUCCUUUGAGUGACAUAUUUUCUUAGAUCUCAGCAGCCAAUUGUUUAAAGCCUUGAUAAGUUAUCCAAUGGUUAUCUUUGUGCUAGUUUGCAGAUUUAAAGUAUUUGAGUGGCUUAUAGUAAUUAUUGGAUAAAAUAUUGACCAAUCGGUAACGUUAUGGCUACAUUUUGACGAAACCAAAGAGUUAACCAGUUUGAAACAAUUGGCUGAUUGAAAGGUGGCCUUUUUAAUGCCACCUUCUUUAUUUGACAUUGAAAUGCAAUACAAAUUGAGUAAUUCUUUCUUUGACAGUUUCAAGUGCAUUUAAAUUCAACUAGUGGUCAUAGCUUUAUGAAACAACAAGUUUUAUACUUUUUGUCUCACUUACAAGUAUUAUUCUUAGAUUCUUAGUGAAAAAAACAAACUGUAUUAGCCAUUAAGUAUAAUUUCUAUAUUGGUGUAUAAUUUUAUUUAUAUGUUUUAUACCUACAGAAUUUGAGUCGUAUCAUAAUUUGCAUGUCAUUUUUAUCCUUAAUAAAUGUCUUGCUAUUUGA